GUCCCGGGAGACAUGGAGCUCCGCUUUAACGAAGAUCAAUUCCAGGAGGCCUGGGGCGAGCUGGAUGAUCCGGUACUGACCGGGGGAUGGGAGCUGUUCACCGACACCAUGGGCGUUCAGAUCUACCGGCUCUAUGAUGAGCAAACGGGUCUGUAUGAAUAUAAAAUCUAUGGCGGCCUGGCUGACUGCCCACCAGACCUGUGUGCGGAUGUCUACAUGGACCUGGACUACAGGAAGCAAUGGGACACAAACGUGAAAGCUCUUCAAGAAGAAAAAAACUGGAGAAGACAAAAUGAUCUAUUGGGAAGUAAAGUAUCCCUUCCCUCUAUCUAAUAGGGAUUAUGUAUAUGUUCGGGAACGGCGAGAUCUAGACAUCAGCGGGAGGAAGAUCUUUGUGAUUCUAGCUAAAAGUGUAUCAGUUCCCCACUGGCCAGAGAAGUCAGGCAUCAUUAGAGUCAAUGGUUACAAGCAAAGCCUUGCUAUAGAGAGUGAUGGGAAAAAUGGCUGCAAAAUUUUUAUGUAUUAUUUUGACAAUCCAGGUGGAAUGAUCCCUUUAUGGCUUAUUAACUGGGCAGCCAAGAGUGGAGUUCCGAACUUCUUGAAGGACAUGCAGAAGGCCUGUAGAGGAUAUAGACAGGGUUCUUCAUAA